GCGCUUGGUAGCCUGGCAUGAAGUACUUACGAAAAAGAUAAAAAGUCGACGAUAUUCAAGACUUUGAAACCCUCAAAAGGUCUGCAAGUAUAUUUUUUCUCGUGACUUUGGUCGAACUCUGGUCAACACUGUUGACAAUCUUGACCUAAGUCGCCGAACAGCCAUCCUUUCUGGCACAGGGUGCUUUAGUCCAGUUUAUGGCAGAUUUUCUCCACUAAGCAACUAUGGAUUUGAGGAACAACAGGGACUUUGGCAACAGAUUUGAAGUCACGGUACAUGGAAUGGGUUACAGAGAUAUACCACUUGGCCAAAGAAAUCCAGAACAAGACAUGUACUACCAUGAAGGAUAUCUGGAACAAGGCAUUGCAAGAGAACUUAGACAAUUUAGAAACCUUCCUCCUCCGAUGCCGCUGCCACCUCCAAUACCAGAAUUCUAUGAUGAUAGAAGUGUUGUGCUAGGCAGAGAAUACUACCCUGAAAGAAUCCAUGACAGGAGCCGUGACUUGGAUUAUGUGUCAAGAGAUAGAAAUCUUGACUUUAGAUAUAGAGAAAGAGGGGGCGAUAGAGGAUGGGAACAUGAAAGAGACUACCUUGAUGCCUUGGACAGGGAUGAUCGCAGAGACUAUGAUAGCUAUAGAGACAAGGACUAUGAUCGUGAUCGUGAUCGUGAUCGUGACCGUGAUCGUGACUGGGACAGAGACCAGAGAGAUUAUGAUCGCAGAGACAGGGACAGGGAACGAGACAGAGAUCGUGAUCGUGAUCGUGAUUGUGAUUGGGAUCGACCAAGGAGUUCCCGUGAUGAUCGUCCUAAAGAUGAACCUCGACACAAGAGGGAACGUGUCUCACGUUGGGAUGAUGGAUAUGACAAGGAGAAGGAGAAGGAAAAGAGAAGAGAAUACAGUAGAGAAUCCAGUAGAGAAUCCAGUAGAGAAAGAGAUCGAGAACGCGACAGAGAUAGAGAUCGAGACAGGGAUAGGGACAGGGACAGGGGUAGAGAUAGGUCUGAAACAAAUGAAUCCAAGACGGCAAACAGUGAAUUUCAAAGUGAAAAUGAACCAACAUCUGUCAUCAUGCUGCGAGGAUUACGAGAUGAAAUCAAGGAAGAUGAUAUUCUUCAAGAAUUGUAUGAUGCAGAAGUUGCCUUUAAAGAUGUCAGAAUUGUCAGGAAUAAAAUAGGUUAUACGCGUGGUUUUGGAUUUGUGGAAUUUGAGGAUAUUGAAUCUGCAAAGCAGUGGAUGAAGCUAAUAAAAGGUCGCUUACUUGUUCAAGGUUACUCUAUCAGUGCUGAUUACAGCAGACCUAAAAGUAAUCAAGAUAAAGACUGGAAUUGCACCAAGUGUGGAACACAGAACUUUUCCUCCCGAAGAAGAAUGACGUGCUUCUCUUGCGGAGCACUCAAAGAAGCUUCUACGGGAAGUGAAGAGAAAGAAUCAACUGCUACACCUUGUAAAGUUCUCAUUCUAAAAGGCUUAGAUGUGUUGACAAAUGAAGAAACCGUGCGAACAGUACUGUCUUCAAUGACUUCACUGCAAAUCUUCGACAUUCGAUUAAUCAGAGACAAGAUGACCAACACCUCAAGAGGGUUUUGCUUUGUGGAGCUCUCUUCUAUAGAGGAUGCUACAUCAUUACUAGAGACACUUCAAAAAAUGAAUCCACCUUUUGAGAUAGAUGGCAGGUUGAUCAAUACCUUAUAUGCAAAGAAUAGUGAACCAGCACCAACCUCCAAACCCAGUAAUGUAGCUACUGCAGCAAUAGAACAGGCCCAGUGGUCCAGUACAGCGCAGCCAAAACAGUCAGCAGCUGCUGCAAUGGCGAUAGCACAGGCACAAGCAGCAUCACAACCUGCAUAUUCAGUGCCGUACCAACAACAGAUGCCAGAGGCAGUCAGUACUUCAAUCACCACAGAUUCCACUACUACCUCAUUUGCUGCAACCAUGACAGCAGAAGCUUCAGUGGUAUCAACCACACAGCAAUCUGAUUUAUAUGGAAACCCACAUGCUUCCAAUUUUGUCUAUGAUCCUAUGUCUGGGUACUACUAUGAUUCCAUAUCAGGACUCUACUAUGACUCUGCAACUCAGUAUUAUUACAACAGCACUACAGGACAGUAUUUAUAUUGGGAUGCAACUACUCAGCAAUAUGUGCCUGUAGCUUCUGGAUCAACUUCAACAGCUAUAACUACAGCUUCAACAGCACCAACAGCCGUAACAGCAGCAUCAACAACAGCUGUAACAACUACAGCUACAGCAUCUACUACAGAAGUAGCUAAUGAUGCUCUUGAUUCCCUGUCUGCUAAAGAAAAACAAAAGAAAGCUAAGUCCCUCCAAGCAAAAAAGGAAAAUUGUCAAGCAUAGUAGCAGAAUAUGGUGAAGACGAUGACUCUGACCCUGAACCUGAAGAACCAAAUGACAACAAAUUUGCAGACCUGAAGUUAAUGGCAUGCCUAUUGUGCAAGCGGCAAUUUCCAAAUAAGGAAGGUCUAGACAGACACAUGCAAUUCUCAGAUCUACAUAAGCAAAACUUGGAGAUUCACAAGAAAAUGAGCAUGUCAGAGAAACAAAUAGAGGAUUAUGAGCGCAGAGAACGAGAGUCUAAGUACAGAGACAGAGCAAAGGAGCGUCGACAAAAAUACAAUCAACCAGACCUCGGUUCAAGCUUUUAUCAGCCUCCACCCAGUAGAAAACGGAAAGGAUUCCAACCUACAUCGAAAUUUGAGCAACCUACGAAAGCGGGUAUCGGUGAGGAUAACAUCGGUAACAAAAUGUUACGGGCAAUGGGAUGGAGCCAAGGUAGUGGAUUAGGAAAAUCAGGACAAGGAAUUGUCGAUCCCAUCAAGGCUCAGAUGAGAACACAGUACGCAGGUCUAGGUGCGUCAGGCAGCUCGUACGGGUCGGUGACUGGUGGGGAGUCAUCCGGAGAGAAGCGCCGCAAACUGGCCAUGUCCAGAUUCAGCGAACUAUAAAGGUCUUCUUUUAAACUGAACUGAAUCGUAUCCUGGUGAAGGAAGGGGCCAAGAAAGAACAGAAGAGGCGCCUAAUUUCAAGCCUUGUCAACACACCCGUCGUCUUGGUAGAUCUCCACUCAGAUCAGCGCGCCACACAUUUCAACUGUAAUGGAGAAUUUGGCCUUUAAAUAAUGACAACACUGUAAAGAUCUAAGCAGAUAUAGCCAUUACUAACGAGCUAAUGUAUCUGCUUUUCAUAUAAGUGAUGUUUUCUAUCAUAAUAAAGAGGUCUUUGUUUUAUUA